GUUUACGCGCGCGCGUUCCCAACAGGCACCAGUGGGGAGCUGUCCAGCCAGCGAUUUGAAGUAGUCUUCUUGCCCGGAUACUGCUGUCUCUUGUCUGUCCAGGAAUGAGAAGUGAUGGCCGGCUCUGCAGCAGAGGAGAAAACCUUCCGAAGGUUCUUGGAGCUCUUCCUCCGAGAGAUGAGGCCACCACUUCAGGAGAACGACCCUGUCCCAAUGCGCCCUUUAUCGGACCUCACCUCGGCGGACGAAGUGGAAGGGGAAUGCCUCGAUAUGUGUCUUCAGCACCUGUGCAAAUAUAACUGCCCCUUCUCCCUGGCGGCUGCCCUGGCACGGUCUACAGCAGACAGUGUUCUGCAGAGUGAUCUCUCCAUCUACCACAUCCAGAAGACUGUUGAGGAUGGAGUAGACCCUUUCCCCCAGAUUGAGUCAGUGGCAUUUGCCAGGCUCAUUUUCAACAAACUGUGUGAAACAUGCUGCCUGUGGCUGAAAGACUUCCCUUACCGCCGCCGCCCUCAGCCCUACUACGAGACCUCCAUCCACGCCAUCAAAAACAUGCGCCGCAAGAUGGAGGACAAACAUAUCGUAAUCCCCGACUUCAACACUCUCUUCAACAUACAGGACCAGGAGGAGCAGGCCUUCUUCGCCGUGUUCGAUGGCCACGGGGGCGUGGAUGCUGCCAUCUAUGCCGCCAACCACCUCCACGUCAACAUGGUGCACCAGGAGUGCUUCAGCCAGGAUCCAGGGGAGGCCCUUUGUCGCGCCUUCAGAGUCACAGACGAACGCUUCAUCCGGAAAGCUAAGAUGGAGAACCUGCGCUGCGGCACCACGGGGGUGGUGACCUUCCUGAGGGGGCGGACCCUGUACGUGGCCUGGCUGGGGGACUCUCAGGUCAUGCUGGUCAAGAAGGGCCAGGCCGUGGAACUGAUGAAGCCUCAUAAGCCUGACAGAGAGGAUGAGAAGCAGCGUAUUGAAGCUCUGGGAGGCUGUGUCAUCUGGUUCGGCACAUGGAGGGUUAAUGGCAGCCUGUCCGUAUCCAGAGCCAUAGGCGACAAUGAGCACAAGCCCUACAUCUCUGGCGAUGCCGACCACCACAUAGUCACAUUGGACGGCACGGAGGACUACCUGAUCUUGGCCUGCGACGGUUUCUACGACACAGUCAGUCCUGAUGAGGCGGUGCGUGUGGUCAGCGACCACCUGACAGAGAACAGUGGCGACAGCACCAUGGUGGCCCACAAGCUGGUGGCCUCGGCCCGCGAUGCUGGCUCCAGCGACAACAUCUCCGUCAUUGUGGUCUUCCUUAGAGACCUCCGCGCGCCCCCCCCGGGAGAGGAGGAGGGGGCAGGGGAGGAAAUAGAGGAUGAGUUGGUGGAGGAGGAAGGGCAAGGGGAGAUGGCAUGCCAGGACGGGGGCACCGCGGACGUUGGGGGGAAGAGUCACUGUUUCCUGCAGCAGUGCUCGGCUCCAGCCGACCUGGGCUAUGAAGACCGCAUGGACUCAUUGACGGACAGAACCAGCCUAGGCCUGCUGGGGCCCACGCUGGGAGAGGAGGGUCUGAUCAGGCUCCCCCUGGCCAGCUCACACCCGUCCCCGUCCUUAGGCCUCACCCAGAACCUCAUGCCUGCCGAGGGCCAUGGCGCGGCCUGGUUGCCCUGUCUAGAAGAGGGGCUAAAGGGCUCCAGGCACAAGCCCCGGCCUAAACUCAGAGUCCCCACCUGCCAGGAUCCCAGCUCAGAUGGACAAUGGCCCCUGGCGGCCGCCCUGUUUGGCUACGCGGGGAGGCACACCCGGAGGAUGGAGUGCGUGAGCCCCAGAUGGGGGUGGUGGUCCCGGGAUUGGGGCCGAGCGCCCAGGGAGCUCCCCGGCCUGCUGCACUCCACCCGUAGUGUGCCCUACCCCCAGCGCUGCCCUGAGAGAAGGCCUGGGGUGGCCCUCCCCCACCUACCCAACAGCAGCAGAGUCUGAUGAUGUGACAUAAUCUCCACUAGCUCCUCUCUCUCCUGCCCCUUCCUUUAUCUGACUACAGUCAUUCAUUCAUCCAUCCAUCCAUCCAUCAUAAACUCCCCAUCCAGGGCACUGGCACCACCCCGUCCGUCCGCCCAUUCAUCUCUACAUGCACCUACCCCUCCCCAUAGCCCCAUUCAGGAGGCCGGACAUAACAAUUUUACUGCUCCUGGCCCAUAUUGCAAGCACAUACUGUACUGUACUCUCAGAUUCAUAAUGGAAUACACAUUAUCCACUCACUCCAUCUCCAUAAAUGGGAGUAGUUAAUACAGGAUUAUAAGAUUAGUGGUCACUUACCUGAAUAAAUCCAACAUGUAUUGACCGAUAUGUAUUCCAGAUGGGGUUACAAUAGAGGAUAAUGGCAUGUAAAAGGGGAUAUUGUUAAGAAAUGAUAUUCUAUUUAUAAUGUUGGGGAUGACAUCAUCCAAGAGCAGACAUUAAUCAGACCGUGCUAUGCCUGUCAAAUUGAUGGUUACAUAACACUAAACACAAGAUGUGUUCUCAUUGACGAGAAGUCUUUCCCAAUAGGUUGGGUGUGAGUAAGUUCCCUAUCAGGCAUUGCAAGACUUACUGGGCCAGAAUAGUUAAGACAAAGCAGCAGAACAUAUACCUUCAAUAUCUGUCACUUAAGACCAUUUCCUGAAAAAUAAAAAUGGAUGGGAAUUUUGAGCCUCAGUCGACAAAGGCCCUUCUAAGCUUCCCAUUACAAUGCGGACCCAUGAGCGUUGGACUAGUAACCGAAAGGUUGCAAGUUCGAAUCCCCGAGCUGACAAGGUACAAAUCUGUCGUUCUGCCCCUGAACAGGCAGUUAACCAACUGUUCCUAGGCCGUCAUUGAAAAUAAGAAUUUGUUCUUAACUGACUUGCCUAGUAAAAUAAAGAUAAAAUAAAAAAAUAUCACUUACAUGGGCUACAUAACCAAUCACUAUGCUGCUUUAUAAUUUCACUAACAACAAUAGACCAUAAGCAUGAUCAAUGUCAAAGUCUUCAUCUCUGGUUUGACAAAUAUAGUAAAUUCAUCUUAAUCUCAUUAUCCUCUCAAAUGUAAAUGGUAUUUUUUCUGAAACUCCAUAGUUUCAGCAGGUAGCCUAGUGGUUAGAGCAUUGGACUAGUAACCAGAAGGUUGCUAGAUUGAAUCCCCGAGCUGACAAGGUAAAAAUCUGUUCUGCCCCUGAACAAGGCAGAUAACCCACUGUUCCUAGGCCGUCAUUGUAAAUAAGAAUGUUUUCUUAACUGACUUGCCAAGUUAAAUAAAAGUUUAAAAAAUAAAUAAAUAGUCAAUGCUAUCUAGCAAUGACUAGGUUCUAUAAAAUGUGCCUCCACUCUCAUGGCCCAGGCAACCACCAUUCAAUAUUUAUCAAAGAAGGUUAAUUCUCGCUGUUGGAAAAACCCAUCUUUAUACCCUUAAGAAAACAGGAAUUGUUUGUGCCAUUCCUGACAUUUUCAACUUUUACUAACACAUUGUGCCAUUUCCAUACUUUUGUUUAAAAACCUCACCCGCUCCCACUCCAGUCUCAUUGAGUUCCCAGGGGCAGGAGACAAGGGCACAGGAAACAAGUGACCAAACCACCUCAGUGACCCACAGUCACACGGAGAAACACCCCCAGCCACUCAGUCAGUUCCCAAUCACUGUCAUUGCUUACUGCUCCUCUGAAACAACUAGUCGUCGGUCGCCUGCUGGCCUACCCACUGAAAAGCAUGGUGGUCAUUUACAGAAGGCCAUUUGGACAGUCACCAUUAAGCAUCUCCAGAGAGCAGAAUGUAUUCCAGUUGUAGAAUGUACAUGGAGCCCUCCCGGGACCUUCAUAGAUGGCCCAAUAGGACUGAGACAGUAGUGGUGUUCUGGACUUGUAGCGACGCUCCCUGUGUGGAUUUAAGAAAACCAUUUCUGGAUGCAGUACACCUGGAAGACAAUAUUCUGGAGGUGUUUUGUUGAUCGUGGGAGAGGAAAUAAUCUAUAAUUUAUCAGCUUACCACCGUAUCCUCACAAAUCUGAGCAUUCCAUCCUGGUGUUCCACUCUGAAGGAGCAGGAUGUGAAUAAGCGCACUGCCUUUCGGGUUAAAAGAUGCCCAUGCUUCUGCAUCUUUCUCUUUGUGUAACCAACACCUGCAUUUCGACUCUCGGAACAGCGGACCACACCAAUUGCCAUUUUCUGACCAAUUAUGAAAGACAACCAUAAAGUUGAAUAUAUUAAGGUAGUUAUCAAAUGCCCCGAGUCUCCUCAGCCCCACCCCCAGCCCCACUCACAUCACCUGCUUUUUUGGAACUUUCUGCUUCUUUUUGAGAGCAAAAAAAAGUGCACAUCUUUCCCAUCCCAAACAUUCCUCACACGGGGCACCAAUUGCUUAUUGAAAUAGUAGUACAUUCAUAUUAUGUACAUGUAAGUAUGAAUGUGUGUGGGUACAUGUUGAGAGUAUGCAUUUGGUCUGUCUUAUACGUCUGCUAUAUAAAAUCACCAAUAUUCUGUGUUGAUAUCAAGCUUCACAGCCCCCAGCAAUGUACUGUACUGUUCAUGUGACACCUUUGGAAGGAGAGUCGUAUACGUUAGCAGUGCUUGAGUGACAAGGGAACAUGGGAAUUUAAAUGCUCCUCAAGGACCAUCCACUGAAAUGUCAAAAUGGUCACCCCCUCACAGUCUUUGAUAGCUUCAGUCGUUUGUAAGACGCUGAACCAUAACCAAGCCAUAAACAGAAAAUCGAACUCUAUAGUUCUUCAGCUAAACUUGCUGGCUCGCUUAACCCACAGUUCUUCUCUUUCUCACCCACUGCUGCGGUACAAAGGUCCCCCCCAUGCCAGUAUGACACUUUCCCUGAUGAUUGUAAAAGACCACACAGUUCAGGUCUCUUCCUCUCUCUCCCCUUCCCUUUCCUAUGUCACUCAAUUACUCUCAUGACUCUGCACUGUGUCCACAAAACGCUUUGUUCCUGUAAGCAAUAAUGAAUCUUUGAGUCGCGCGUGGAAAGGCUCUCUGAGGGUUUGUCUUCACUGAGAAAGGCAGAGCUAGAGCCAGAUCAAACUAACAGCCACCCUCCUAAACUCUUACCAGUGCUCACAUUGACAUGAGCACACACCACUUUAGGUCUGCUCGAUGGUAGUAUGGGACACAAUCUAUGAUGUACCCCUUGGACAUUUGUCGCUGUACACUAAUAUGUUUGGUGGCUAAAUUGAAUUAGUCCCAAUGAGAAACACAACAAAGGGCUCUAUUCAAUCUGUAUAACUGAAAUGUUACAGAUCGCACAAUAGAAAUGUAAAGGUAAUUUCCGAUUGAGCCGACAAAUGCAUUGUUUACUGUGAAUGCAGUUUCCACUAACAUGGGAACAUUGCCUUUAAAUUUCAAUAACGCUGUAACGCAAUACCUCUGUGAUAUGGAUUGAAUCCAUCCCAGUGUCUCUAAGCUUGGCCAGCCUCCUCUCACAGGGCGGUUCAAACUCUGUACACCAGGCAUCCCUGAAGACAAACCCAUGACCAGCUGUUCCCCAACCUGCAGGUUAGGUAAACCAGUAAAAAAAAAUCAGUAUCUGUAUUUUCUGUGUUCUUCUCGUAAUAUAAACAUGUGUGUGUAUCUGAACUGGUGACUAGUAUAAUGUAUAAAGAUUAAACCAAG